CUCCUGUCCUUCCCAGCAACAAUAUGAUUCAGCUGCCUGCCAAAGCGGGACCCGACCUGAGCCAGGACGCAGUCUUGCACCUCGAAACUGCAACAGACUGGCCGCCUUUGGCGCAUCUCUGCGCCGCUUCAAGCCAACACUGCCACGGGCUGCCCCUGAUCCGAGACUCGCUCGACAUGGGCGUGAUGGGGUCCCCGGCGAGGAAUGGAAUCCUCGCCAGCCAGCCAACCAGCCGGCCAACCAGCCGGCCAUGCCAAUACCAAUGCCAAUGCGGCGCUGUCGUUGAGCUGGGCGGCACCAACACGGCCAAACAAGCAAGCAACCUGUGACUGGCAGCCUGUG